AUGGACCCUCUGCCAGAAGAUCCGCUCUCAAACGUCUCGCCGGACCUCCAGGACGCCGACAUCAUGCCCGCAACUUUGCCACCGCCAACGAACAAGCGCCGUCGCACUUUGCCCAUCACCACUGACUGCUGUAGAACAUGCAGACUCCGCAAGGUGAAAUGCACAGGCAAUCCAGGAAAUGGCCCUUGCGCCAACUGCGCCAGACUUGAGUUGUCGUGCCCCUUUAUUGAGAAUCGCACACAUUCAGAGACUCUUGGCAAAAUCUCAAGGACCGCUCCCUCUCAGAGCCACACAGAGGCUGGCACUGUCAGAAAGCGUGCCCAGCGAGCAUGCAGUCAGUGUCAUUCCCACAAGACCAAGUGCUCCGGAGAUCUUCCCAAGUGUAAGAGAUGCGAAGUGGGUAACCUGGCAUGUGAAUACACUCCAGCCAAGCGCAACUUUGCCAGCGUCCCUAUCAACUCUACGACUUCCAAGUGCGAUGAUAAUGUCUCCUCGAAUCAAGGCUCUGAGGGUUCCGACCUUAGUAGUCCUGUUGUUAACAAUAACGGAGGCCACUUUCUUCUCUCCAUUGAUGUGUCAAUCCUCAACGCCGAGGAAAUGCUAUUCCGCAAGGACGUCAUUAUGAAACAUAUGGAUGCUUACUUCGAGUACAUCUACUACAUGCCAUGCAUGGGGUUCUUCCGUAGAAAUACAGUUUAUCAAGAGAUCGAGGACGGCAUUUUCGAUCCAGCUACAGCCGCCGCCAUGUGCGCAGUCAUAAGUCUAUACCUCAAUCCAUGCGAAGCCGGUCGCGUAUUUUCCAUGAAGUGUAGCGAGCAGGUCGAGCUCUACGUCUUCCGCAGCAUCUUUCGAUUCGACGAAGAAGUCCUCAUCCUCUACGCCCUCAACUGCUACCACAACUUUCUUCACGGCCACUUGGCCAAGGUCUGGCAAUGUUUUGGGAUAGCAACACGGCUUAUGAUCGGGCUUCAAGUGAAUUGGGAUGUUCGACCACGGGAUCGCUCCUUUGCACAUCAGGAGAAAAUGCGACGUAUUGUCUGGCAGUUCUUCUACCUGGAUCGUCUCCUCGCCGGAGGCUAUGACGAGUAUAUCGGGUGUCGUGACGAGAUCAUGAAAAUUCGCCUCCCAUGCAGCGAGGAUGCAUUCAGGGAAGAUCGGCCAGUCGUCGUUGAGCGGUUGCAUGAAAAGUCCAAGGACAAGAGCAACAUGGGUAUUCACGGAUACCAGCUACGUCUUAUUGACAUCCGGCACCGUGUACUAGUUGAGACCAGAAAGAUGGGAGGGGGGCGUGGUCCAAAUCGUCCACGUUUAGAGCCAUCCAGAGUCAUGUCCAUCAUCAACGGAUUCCAAGGCGAGCUAUCCCAAGUCAAUGCAUCUCUCCCCGAGCACCUGAAGCUCAACGACCAGAACAUUGCGAGAGCAAUGACGUCGGAGGAUUCAGCCGGUUAUGUUUUCAUCCACACAUGCAUGGCCUCCGUUCACAUUGACCUCUACAGCCUCUGCUUACCUGGCCUGCGAGAGCAGCUAUCUGCCGAUUUGCUCCGCAAGUUGCCUCGAGAGUUCGUCGCAAAGUCCCAAAAACAAGCGGUAGCACAUGCUCUCUGUCUAGCCCGGUUCUGUGCCUCGCUCCAGCGGCGGCUUGACCAACAAUCAUAUGCUAGAAAACUCAAGUUGGUGGGGUGUUCGUCGAUGGUCAAAAUUACAACUCAAUGCCUCCGAGUGCUGUUAACAGCUUUGCAACACAAUCUCUAUCGAGACCUUGCUGAUCACACGACUGCGCCGUUGUGGAGCAACGAACCUGCCGAUGAGCCACAUAUCCGCUGCCUGAUCGAUAGUCUUCUCAAGAUCAGCAAGUCAUGGUGUCAAAUUAUCCCCAGGAACCAGCAAACGUACGAGCGCAACAAAGCCGCAGUUGAGCAGUUUUACAAGACUCGAAAGUAUGCCGACCAGAAAUCACCAGGGCCUGUGCCUGACCAACACACAACUGGACAUACACGACUACCUGGGCCGCAACACAUUCUCGAGACUGCAUUUGUGUCACCAAUUGAGGAGGUCUAUGGACAUAAGGUGGAUGAUGCCGCUGCCGCUGCCCAAUGGUUCGGUGCCACUCGGCAGGCAGCUCAGCCGGCCACCUACAUGCAGGAAGGCGAUUUUGAUGUGGAAUUCGGACCGCCUGGUCUCCCAAUGCUUCUUGCCGAGGCACAGGGCGUGUCCCCUACGCCAACAGAUGAUAUUGACACAUUUGACGCCACAGAUGACCUCCUACUCAUCUCAAACAAGAUGAUGCAAAUACCCAAGUUCAACGACCUCUUGCCACCCGAUGAUCCUAUACGCCUCGCAUCAGAAGGGGCAUCGCUCGUGCUUCUAGACCAUGCCAGUCACAGGGGCAUGUUCCAACCUCCAAUCCAGCAUCCUGCCCCACAAUCACAGUUCAUGCCCCGGCAACCUGGUAAUUAUAAUGAGUGCACCGGGCAGUACGAAAACCACCCGAAGGAGCCACCAUACUUGAACCGGGCUAGCAAUUAA